AUGCAUAGCAUUCGUUCUACCCUUGUUCUGUACAUCCUCCUGCUGGCGAGCUUUGUGCUGUCGCAGGAGGUGCAGCAGCCACUGACAGCAGAUGCACCAGCAGCCCCGAGAGCGCCGAAAAGAGUUGCAAUAAUCGGUGCCGGCUCGGGGGGCUCAUCUACCGCUUACUAUAUCCGAACUUACGCCGAUUACUAUUCCAUUCCCGUAAACAUUACAAUAUUCGAACGCGAAGACUAUGUUGGCGGAAGGUCCACCACUGUUGACGUAUUCGAUGACCCAUCCCUGCCCAUAGAGCUGGGAGCAUCCAUAUUCGUCGAGGCGAAUAAAAAUCUCAUGAAAGCGGCAAAGAACUUUGGCCUUGAGAUUCAAGAUGCCGGCGUUGCUCGGCCCAAGGAAGCAACAGACAACCUGGGUGUGUGGGAUGGAAACAAAUUCGUAUUCCAACAGAGAGAGGGCAACUAUAGAUGGUGGAAUAUAGUGCAACUUCUGUGGAAGUAUGGAUGGGCCCCAAUGCGAACCCAGGACUUGAUGAAGUCUACUGUCGGAAAGUUCUUGAAAUUGUACAGAUAUCCAUUGUUUCCGUGGAAAAACCUUUCGGAAGCUGCACGAAGUAGUGGUCUGGUUGAGGCAACCUGGGCUACAGGAGCGGAAUUUUUGAAGGAAAACCACAUAUCGGAGGCAUUCUCGAGGGAGGUCAUCCAAGCAAGUACUCGUGUGAACUAUGGUCAAAAUCUUCCCCUCAUUCAUGGACUAGAGACUAUGGUCUGCAUGGCAGCUCAAGGCGCGGUUUCCAUUCAGGGGGGAAAUUGGCAGAUAUUCAGCGGUAUGGUAGAAGCAUCCCAGGCCGUCUUGAAACUUGAAUCCCAAGUUACAAGCUUGAAAAGGGAGGAGGAUAACACCUAUACCGUCUCUCAUAAUUCCAAGGCCAACAAAACCGAGGAGGAGGUGUUUGACCAAGUUGUGCUCGCUGCACCACUCCAGUUCUCUGAUAUCAAGCUCGAACCCCCCGUGGACAACCAACCUGAUAACAUUCCCUAUAUGACGCUACACGUCACUCUUUUCUCCUCACCUCAUAAGCUAUCUCCUAAAUAUUUCAACCUGCCGUUGAGCAACAUGGUACCAGAAACUGUUCUCACUACCCUACCCAAGGGUCUCAACCUGGGACAUCGCCGCGACGGAGUUGGUCCUACUGGGUUCUGGAGCAUAAGCACUCUUCAAAAGGUGCGACUGCCAAAUACAGGGAAGGACGAGGGCAAAUAUCAUUACGUAUACAAGGUAUUCUCCCCCGAACGCCUAAACGCGAUGUUCUUAUCUGGUAUCCUGGGACUGGAAGGGCCAAUAAACGGGACUAUUGCCGACUUUCCAGAGGCCGAUAUCAGCUGGAGUUAUGAGAAAGUGUGGCACCCAUAUCCCGUACUAUACCCCCGGGUGACGUUUGAGAGCAUCAAACUGUCUCCGGGCCUGUGGUAUACCAGUGGAAUCGAAAGUCUGAUUUCAACGAUGGAGACGAGCUCGCUUUCUGGAAUGAAUGUUGCCGCCCUGAUGGUUUCCGAGUGGACGGAAGACUUCAACCCCAAGAUGAACAUCUUCGAAGGCGAAUCCCCGUGAGCCUAGUACUUUGUUAUCGUGUAGCCUGAGUGCUCUCAUUCUGGAUACUGUAGAUGGCGUAAUUAUUGUUAGUUAGUUAGCUAAUCCAGUCCCUUCCUUAGCCACCACCACCUUCGGAGCACAGGUUAUCGUAGACUUGGCCACCUGGUUCCGUCUAACAGUCGGCCAAUAGCUGACUAGUCAGUCAGUUUGUUAUUCACUGUCAGAAAUACGUCGCCGGUGCUUCUAUCGGCAUCUACCGGCUGUCUGUCCGAUGUCUCACUGUCUGGCGCUGCUCCGCCCUGCAAAACGGCUGACAGCGUCUGGUGUUUUUAAGGUUGUCUCCAUCGGACUAGGGGGAGGGAGGUGGAUCGCAUCUCCAGCGCCCUCGCAUCGCCCAACUGUUCCGAGAGCACGUCAGGCUGCCAUGGGUCAUGUCUCGCCGGUCAGCAAGGGAGAUCAGAGGUCACUCUACACCACCGGCCAGCGGACAGGCCGCAGCUCUUAUCGCGUCUUCUCCCCAAGAAACAAAUCAAAACGCGCAAA